CUGGGAAGGGAACCCAGUUCCCACCUGGUCCCACCUCUCGGGCCUGAGGGAAGCAGCAGGGACCAAGCUGAGCAAGGCCGAGCUCGUGACAGGGCUGGAGGGAGGCUGGGUUACAGCGAGGGCCAGGAUGGGGGACACUGCUAGUGCCGAGCUGGGCCGGUGGUGAGACAGGAGGGGUACGGAGGAAGAGGAUGGAGAGGGGGAGGCAAAGGUGAAGGCAGCCCUCCCCCCCAAAAAAAUAUCCCCAUCGAGCCAUCGCCAUGGCGACGAAUUUUAACGACAUCAUCAAGCAGGGCUAUGUGAGGAUGAAGAGCAGGAAGCUGGGGAUCUACCGGCGCUGCUGGCUGGUCUUCAGGAAAUCCUCCAGCAAAGGGCCCCAGCGCCUGGAGAAGUACCCGGAUGAGAAGUCUGCAUGCCUGCGUGGGUGCCCCAAGGUCACUGAGAUCAGCAACGUCAAGUGCAUCACCCGGCUGCCCAAGGAGACCAAGAGACAGGCCGUGGCCAUCGUUUUCACCGACGACUCCGCCCGGACCUUCACCUGCGACUCAGAGCUGGAGGCGGAGGAGUGGUACAAGACGCUGUCAGUGGAGUGCCUGGGCGCCCGCCUGAACGACAUCAGCCUGGGGGAGCCCGACCUGCUGGCGCCCGGCAUGCAGUGCGAGCAGACGGACCGGUUCAACGUGUUCCUCCUCCCCUGCCCCAACCUGGACGUUUACGGCGAGUGCAAGCUGCAGAUCACCCAUGAAAACAUCUACCUCUGGGACACGCACAACCCCCGGGUGAAGCUGGUCUCCUGGCCCCUCUGCUCCCUGCGCCGCUACGGCCGCGACGCCACCCGCUUCACCUUCGAGGCCGGGCGGAUGUGCGAUGCAGGGGAAGGUCUCUACACCUUCCAGACGCAGGAAGGUGAGCAGAUCUACCAGCGCGUGCACAGCGCCACGUUGGCCAUCGCUGAGCAGCACAAGAGGGUCCUGCUGGAGAUGGAGAAGAACGUCAGGCUGCUGAACAAAGGCACUGAGCACUUCUCCUACCCUUGCACCCCCACCACCAUGCUGCCCCGCAGCGCCUACUGGCACCACAUCACCGGCUCCCAGAACAUGGCUGAGUCCUCCAGCUAUGCCGGGGAGGUGUAUGCGGGCGCCCAGGCCAGCUCGGACACCGACCUCCUCAACAGGUUCAUCUUGCUGAAGCCAAAGUCCUCCAAAAGCGACAAGCCUGAAAGCAGGGAGCCCACAUCAUCCCCGUGAGCUGGCGGGUGGGGGGACCAGGGCAAGGGUCCCCUUUUUCCUCCCCAGAGGGUGGCAAGGAUGCAGGCAGCCACCCCUCAGAAUCCCCAGGAGACCUUGGCACCUCCCUGCCAAGACCUUGGGGAGCAGGCGCUGGCUCGCGCCCUGGCGUUAGUGGAGGCGACGGCUGGAUCAGCCUUGACUGACUUCAAAUAUAUAUUGAAUAUCUGUAUUGUAAGAGAUAUUUCCUUCUCACACAAAUGCAAAUGUGGUGGCUGCCGAAGAGCCCUCGGGCAGAUGCUCAGAGGUUUUUGACUCUUGGGGAUCCUGCUGGGAGGUGAAGAGAGGUGGGGGGGGGUUGUCAAGAAGUUCGGAGUGUUUUCUGCGAGGCAGGAAGGCUGGAGCAUCACCCUGCCCCGGGCACGGAGCAGCACCGGAGGAUGUGGCUGUGCCAGGCUGAUGGUGCAGGGUCCCACCCUCCCGUGAAGAGUGGGGUGCUCCUGGGGACACCCUGCCACCCCUGAGCUGAUUUUUGCACUUCAAGCUGUUUAAACUCGCUGUAGAAUUGAGAUGUCUCAGGAGAAACUGGUUUUCCUUCCAGGGGGGUUGGGUGGGUGAGCAGCCGGGCAGGGCCGAGCUCCCCGGCUUCCCCCACCCCAGCACCCCUCACUCCUCCAGCCACAGCCGUGUGCCCCCGCUGUGCCCCUGGUUUAUCUGCUGGUGGGCAACCCCGGGACUGGUUUUGGCCAGUAGCAUCUGUCUCUCGAGGGGCAGCUUUGUGGAUAUAGGAAGUCCCAGGGCAGAGAAGCUCAUGUCAGUGGGGGGAGAGCUGCAUUCCUCUGUGCAUUCCCAUAGCCCUCACUCCCCCCUCACCCACUGGGUACCAGCCCUUGCCCGGGGGGAACUGGGCUUUAUGUGCUGAACUCAAAAGCAAUUGAUUUUUUUCUAGUUCUAUUUAUUGACCUCCUUUAGAAGGGCUAUCUUUUUAUUGCCGUGCAAACCUUGUUGUUUUUUUGGAGUCUUCUUUCCGUCUGGGUCGGAUGGUUGGUGGUUUUCUUUCUGCCCUUUAAAGCUCCAGGUCCUUGUGUUGGGCACGGGGAGUGUUGUGAUGUGGGAACCUGUGGUCUGUAAAUACUGUGUCUUGGGGUUGGUGUAGCUUGUGGCUGAGGCUGGGGGAAUGUUGGGACAGAGAAGGGCCACUCCUGCAGCACGGCCGAGCACGGAGGGGCUCGUCGGACCCCAGCACUGCCCGGCAGCACGUCCUCCCCUGGGUGAGAGGUGUAACUUGCUCUCUUUUCCUGGCUACACACCUCAUCUGGAAAAGAUUUAACAUUUGUUACCAAAAAUGUUUCGGUUUUCUGUUUUUUAAGGAGUUGCUCAAUGAAUAAACAACCCUUAUCCA